AUGCGUCCCUCGCACUCUCUCGCCGCCACCGCGCACCCUCUACCGGUGACGGAAAAUUCACAUCCUAAUGAUCCCAUACCCGAAGAGCCUACUCGAUCAAGAAAACUACCCCUCAGUGCCUCCCAGCUUAGCCAGUCGCCGCCGUUAUCUGCCGCCGCCACCAAUGCCUGCUCUGACGACGCAUCGAGUGUCGACACCCGGCCCAGCACGCCGGUCUCCGACAAUCUAUCCGACGAUUCUCUCGAUGAGUUACAAGAAAGACCCAAGGACGAGAUAUCAGUGAGGAAAAGACGUGCAUCAACCUUGUUGGUGUCUCAAGAUUCCGAAGAUGCAAGAAGAUUCUUGGGAGGACGAGGUGCUGCAACCUCCAUGAUUCAAAAGGCAUGCUGUGGCGGAGGCUGCUGUAUGCUGAAAGAGUUAACCACCAAGGGCGCUCCUCAAGGAGGAAACCCGGUCAACGUCCCAGAGAAUGAUGCUUUUAAGAGCUUGAAAAUCAGGCUUGGUCACUUAAGCCUGGACAGUGAGCUGACAGAAAUCGUCGAGAUGCCGAACAAGACCGUUUCCUUGGAAUCUCUUAUAACUUCAGCUCCUCCACGCAAGUAUGAACCUAGCCCAAAAAAGGCCCCUGAAGUCCUCAAACACCCUCCGAAUUUUGUCACGCCUCACCCUCCCUUUGAGGUCUUUUCAGCACCCCUCUUCCACGCUCGCGAAUUGACGAAACCUGGCGCCGAGAAAAGAACAUACCAUUUUGACAUUGAUGUCACAGACUAUCCAAAAGAGAGUGGAGAGGUCGAUUUUGUGGUUGGAGGUGCCAUCGGAGUUUGCGCACCCAACUCCCCUGAUAUGGUCGAUGAGAUCUUUAAUCUGCUUGGUGUUCCCAGCUUCGUGCGAGACAAGCCGAUCCUACUAAAGACGACCACUGGAAGAUGGCCUACUAUUUGGGGAGAUGAGGCAGCACGGGAGCUUGUUACCACUCGAAGAGAGCUUCUCACAUGGUGCUCAGAUAUCCAGAGCUAUCCACCUACAAAGCAAUUAUUCCGAGUUCUUGGAGAAUAUGCUGAAGACGAACAUGAGAAGAUGAUUCUGAUGUUUCUAGCUUCGGCACAAGGCCAAGCCGCAUUCUGCGACCUUCGAACUGGUCCCUAUCUGACCAUCACACAACUACUCUCAGCUUUCCCAUCCUCACGUCCACCACUCGAUUCUCUCCUGACCGUUCUCAACACUUUGAUGCCUCGGUUCUAUUCUCUAUCUCAAGACCCCAUGGUAUCAUAUCAGAAAGACGGUACCACGAAACGACGUCUCAUCGAAAUCGCGGUCACAGUUCACGAAGCCGACGACUAUUCCAAAGGACAACGGACGGGUGUCGGGUCUGGGUUCCUAGAGCGCCUUGCACGACAAGUCAUGCAGGCAGAGAAGGAAGGCAAGAAUCCAAAAGAUCUUGACCUCCGAGUUCCUAUGUUCAGAGGUCUCAUGGCAAAUCCACUUGCACGAGAAUUCGUCUCUGAUGGGCCUAUGCUCUUGAUUGGGGCUGGCGUUGGUAUUGCCCCCUUUCGCGGCUUUGUCCACCGUCGGCUAAAGUCGGCGAAUUGCGCAAACAAAGUCUGGGUCCUCCAAGGCGUACGCGAUAGCCUUCUUGACGAGCUUUACUCGGGUGACUGGGGUGUCCACGAAGACCAAGUCAAGAAAGUGGUCCAGUCGCGAAGCGGGGAAGGAAGAUAUGUUCAAGAAGAAGUUCGAGCACAAGCUGAUCUUGUGUGGUUCAUCAUCAAUGCCUUGGAUGGCCGGGUUUUCGUUUGCGGAAGCUCCAAGGGUAUGGGUGAAGGGGUCGAAGCCGCACUCGUGGAGGUUGCGGAGGGCAAGGGCAAGCUGAACCACGAAGAGGCCAUUGCUUUCUGGGCCGAGAAGAAAAAAUCAGGCCAGUACAUCGCCGAGACGUGGUGA